ACAAAAGUUAAAUCGAACUGGACCAAACACGGUUUGCUUCCCCUUUUGUUUCCUCCACAGUUUCACCCAUAUUUGCUUGGUUGCUCUGUCUUCCUCAAAAUCAAAACACAAGAGAAACUGUCAAAUCUCGCACUGGAACUCUAGGACAAGCAAAGGGGAUCAAGAACAUCAUGCCUGGAAUCUUACUGGGCUCCAAUCUGCUAAAGAAGGGAGUAUCAUGGAGAGGUCUUAAGGGUUCAGUAAUUUUUUCUCUUGGAUUCUAUGCACAUGGUGUUCUGUUCCCUAAUCCAGAAAGGGUACUUGAAGAAGCCAAAGAGUCAUGUGCAAAAGCCAAGUCUUUAUCAGAGGAGUAUUACGCUCAACUGGAUGAGUUAAUUGAAAAUAAAAAGGUGUUGGACGAUGCAUUGCAGUUGUAUCUGGCUGGAAAUGCUCAGUUGAAAGAACUUAAAGAAGCCAAUGGACUUUGAAAACGUUUUGUCAAUCGCAGGAAGAAUCUGAGUGGAGUCUCUUGUGAUGAAAUUGAACAGAAGAAAUGAUCUAAUUUGGUGCGAAGAAUGAAAGCAGUAAUAUGGAAUCUUUAAAACUUUUGGGCUGUUAGUAAUUAGUAUAUAUAUCAACUUUGGAGUAACAUUCUUCAGUUUGUUUUGUUGUUAGUUAAUAUCAUUUCAGGCUUCAAUA